AGGGUGUUUCCUUGCACUAUUUCCCGGUUUGACUCAGGCAGGAAACUUCGAGCGUCCGGCGGUCCUGGAAGGGAGCACGGGGAUAAUCCCGAGGGGCAAGACCUGAAGGCAAAGCCGGAGACAAAGCCUAAGGGGGAGUGAGGCCGUCCCUCGGAACGGCUUGCAUCUCUGGGCGUGAGGACAAACCCACAGGGCCUCCUCGGCACGAAGCUGGAAUCAGAAUGACUGCCCAAGUUACUCUGGAGGAUGCUUUGUCCAAUGUAGAUCUCCUGGAGGAAUUGCCACUGCCGGAUCAACAACCAUGCAUUGAGCCCCCUCCAUCAUCAUUGCUUUAUCAGCCAAAUUUCGACACCAAUUUCGAAGACAGGAAUGCAUUUGUCACAGGCAUUGCAAGAUAUAUUGAACAAGCAACUGUUCAUUCUAGUAUGAAUGAAAUGUUGGAAGAAGGUCAAGAAUAUGCUGUUAUGCUAUACACGUGGAGAAGCUGUUCAAGAGCUAUCCCGCAGGUAAAAUGUAAUGAGCAGCCUAAUAGAGUGGAAAUUUAUGAAAAAACUGUGGAAGUACUUGAACCAGAGGUUACCAAGCUGAUGAAUUUUAUGUAUUUUCAGAGAAAUGCCAUUGAAAGAUUCUGUGGAGAGGUGAAACGCUUGUGUCAUGCAGAAAGGAGGAAAGACUUUGUAUCUGAAGCUUAUUUGAUCACUCUUGGAAAAUUUAUCAACAUGUUUGCUGUUUUAGAUGAGCUGAAAAAUAUGAAAUGCAGUGUGAAGAAUGACCAUUCAGCCUACAAGCGGGCGGCCCAGUUUUUACGUAAAAUGGCUGAUCCUCAAUCUAUUCAAGAAUCCCAGAAUCUUUCCAUGUUUCUUGCCAAUCACAACAAGAUUACACAAUCUUUACAGCAACAACUGGAAGUAAUUCCUGGGUAUGAAGAACUACUAGCUGAUAUUGUGAAUCUAUGUAUAGAUUACUAUGAAAAUAAAAUGUACCUAACACCCAAUGAGAAGCAUAUGCUUCUAAAAGUGAUGGGUUUUGGUUUAUACCUGAUGGAUGGAAGCGUCAGUAACAUCUAUAAAUUAGAUGCCAAAAAGAGGAUAAAUCUCACAAAGAUUGACAAGUUUUUUAAGCAGCUGCAAGUAGUUCCACUGUUUGGUGACAUGCAGAUUGAACUGGCAAGAUACAUUAAAACUAGCGCUCAUUAUGAGGAGAAUAAAUCUAGAUGGACAUGUACUUCUUCUGGCAGUAGUCCCCAAUACAACAUCUGUGAGCAAAUGAUCCAGAUAAGAGAUGAUCACAUGCGUUUUAUUUCAGAACUGGCUCGUUACAGCAAUAAUGAGGUGGUUACUGGAUCAGGACGUCAAGAAGCUCAGAAAACAGAUGCUGAGUAUCGGAAACUUUUUGAUCUUUCUCUUCAGGGUCUCCAACUUCUAUCACAGUGGAGUGCACAUGUUAUGGAAGUGUAUUCAUGGAAGUUAGUACACCCGACUGACAAAUAUUCUAACAAAGAUUGCCCUGACAAUGCUGAGGAGUAUGAAAGAGCAACUCGCUAUAAUUAUACAAGUGAAGAAAAAUUUGCUCUUGUAGAGGUCAUUGCAAUGAUUAAAGGAUUACAGGUGUUGAUGGGGAGAAUGGAAAGUGUCUUCAAUCAUGCCAUUCGUCAUACAAUCUAUGCUGCUCUCCAAGACUUUGCCCAAAUCACACUUAGAGAACCAUUAAGACAAGCCAUCAAAAAGAAGAAGAACGUCAUCCAAAG